AUGGAGAGCGUUUCUCUGCAGCGGCGGUCGAUAAAGCGCCUGGUCAUCGACCAGCCGGACGCCGCGGAGGAGGACGUGAGCCCGGCGAAGCGCCAGGCGUGGUGGUCCCCGCCAAUGACGCGGAGCAGGGCGCGGAAGCAGGAGCUCGAGCUGCAACAAACCAUGGUGCUCCAGAGCUCCAACAUAGCCAACGCGGGCCCCCGGGUGCGCAAGUCAGCAAGCGGGAGCUCCGUUCUGGAGCGGACGCUGUCGGGCGCGAACGCCGCGGACGUCCCGACGCCGCCCGUGUCGCCCUCGCUGCUGGCGUCGCAUCCCUUGGCCGACCACGAGAACGACCCCGAGGCCGGGCCGUCCGAGCGCGAGAUCGCCGAGGCGCGCGCUGCUGCUGCCAGGCUCGGUAUCGGCGGCACGAACCAGCCCGCGCUCGCGCGCAAGAGCCCGCAGCAGCGCAAGCUGCCUUCGGGGCCCGAACCUCAGCAAUACGAUAUACAGUACACGCCGAGAUCGGCGCUCCAGCCGCUGGAGUCCCCGCGCGAGGCCGCUGCGGGUGUGGCCGCUCAGCUUGCCGCCCUGCAGUGGCACACCGCCUUCGAGGCCCUCCACACGGCCCGCAGGUUGGUCGCCCACCACAGGGCAGAGGUGCAGGACCGGGUGCCGGAGCUGCUGCGCCUCGUGCUCAAGUCGCUGCGCAGCCCGCGCAGCCAGCUCUGCAAGGCCGCGGUCAUGUGCGCGGGCGACUUCUUCGACGCGUUCGAGGACGAGGUCGCAGGCGAGGUCGACAAGGGGGGUGUGGCGCGGCCGGCGGAGAGCAUCGUUCACCAGCUGCUGAUCAAGGCGACGAGCAACGACAAGAAGUUCGUGUCCGAGGAGGCCAAGGCGGCGCUGGCGGAGCUCGCGCGCACCCUGCAGGCGCCCAACGCGACGAAGGCGAGUCCCGAUGUGCCCACAGACACCGUUUCGAGAAUCUCGGUGCCGCGGUCAGCCAGGUCUGCCCAUGCCGUGCUCACCCGUCGCCCUCGGCCGCGCGUGCCAAGCUGCAGAUGUUCGGGGCGUACUGCGCGUCGCACCGCAACCCGCGCGUGCGGGGGCAGGCCGCCGCGACGCUGGCGGAGGCGGCGUGGAACGCGCAGCCGGCCCGCCUGCUCGAGGCGUGGCCGCUGGGGCGCGCGCUGCCGAUCGUGGCGGCGCUGCUGA